CGCCGCCCGGGACCCGCCCCCCGGAAGGCCCGGGCGCCGCCCACCACGGAAGCAGCUUGGCGGGCGGCGAGGCGGAGGCGGCGGUUGGAGGCGCUCGCGGAGAUCUGCCAGGAUGUCUGGCCACAGCUGGAGCCAGAAGACCAAAGCAAAGAAGGAGGAAGAGGAGGAGGAGGAGGAAGAGGUGGACCCUUUUGACCAGAUGAUCCAGCGCACCGGUUGCGCCGCUUUCCACUACACCGUGAUGGAGUGCAUGGUGGAGCACCAGGACUGGCGCAAGUGCCAGGAGCCGGUGCAGCGUUUUCGGACCUGCAUGGCGGAACACCAGAAGCGGCGAGCGGAAGAGAUGCGGGAGAGGCAGGAGCGGCACCAGGCUGCCAGCUGACCAAAGGGAAGUCCAGUCAGACCAACUAGACUCUCAAGGCAACAGAAGAACCCAGGCCCGGCACAGCUGGCGCUGGACGGAGCCGUCGCAGAUUCGGAAAUUUGGAAAGAGCUCGUUUUUUUUUUUUUUUUGUAGGCAUCGUUGUGUACACUGUUAAUACAAAAACGGCAUGGAA